AUGAUACCAACCAAACAACUCAAUGAUGGGACUGCCAUUCCCAUUCUCGCGAUCGGGACGGGAAAAUCGGAGGACCAUAAGAAUUACGUCGGACAGGACUGUCGGGCGUCUCUUACGCAGGCCUUGAAGCUUGGAAUCCGGCAUAUAGACACCGGCGAACGAUUCGAGAAUGAAAAAUACGUCGGAGAAGUCAAACAAGAUGCAUAUCUGUCUGUCAAAUUAGGAAAUACUCGCCUCCCGGCUAAACGGAUCGAGGAAUCGCUCGCCUUGCUACAGACCUCAGCGGUGGAUCUGUACAUGGUGCAUUCGUCCAAGACGUUGCUCUCCCUACUGGGCAUCCCGCGCGGGUGGGCAGAGAUGGAACAGGUGCAUGCGGCUGGUAAAGCAAAGUCCAUCGGCGUGGCGAGUUUCACCUAUCAAGAUCUGGAGGAGCUGCUUAGUUCUUGCAAGGUCAAACCGAGCGUUUUCCAAACGGAAUUCCAUCCAUAUGUAUACACUGCCAACCAGCCCCUCCUGGAGCUGUGUGCCCGGCACGAAAUCACAGUCUCCUGCUUCGGGACUCUGGUGCCUCUGUACAAACACGUCGGGCCCGUGGACGAGGCGGUGGCGCAGAUUGCAGAGCAGACAGGUCUGUCUCGAGCCCAGGUUCUCAUGAAAUGGGCUCUACAGGUUUCGAAGGGGAUUGUAGUGAUGCGCUCGGGAAAAGAGGAGCAUAUGAAGGAAGCCGUGGAGGCAGUGACAGGCCCCCCCCUGGCAGAAGAACAGAUUGCAGCCAUCACUGAAGCGGGACGAGGACAUCAUUUCCGACGAUAUCAAAAACACAUGGAUGGUUGAGGAUAGUAUAGGACUGUAUAUAUAGUAUCUAUAGUGUCUAUACUAUCUAAGUAUGCUUGAACAAGUCGU